AUGCGCCGGCGGUCACCACCGCGACGGCGCCGUGCGGGCGAGGAGGAAGAUGCGCAUCCAUCGCCCGACCGCCUCAGCGCGCUCCCCGACGCGCUGCUGCACCACGUGAUGUCGUCGCUCAAGGCGUGGGAGGUGGUGCGCACCUGUGUGCUCGCGCGGCGGUGGCGCCACCUCUGGGCGUCCGCGCCCUGCGUCGACCUCCGCCUCCGCCCUGGCCGCCCCGACGGAGACACCGCGCCGGAGGAGUUCGCCCGCUUCGCGCGCAGCCUCUUCCGCCGCCGGGACGCGUCGGCCCCCGUGGACACGCUCCGCCUGCGGUCCAGCGACGUCGACGGCGCAUUCGACGAGGACGACGCCAAGUCCUGGAUCCGUACCGCGGUCAAGCGCAGGGCUCGAGUCGUUCAUCUGAUCGGGCAUCGCGACGGCCUCGCGGCGCUGGAGCACGCGGCCUUCGUCUCCCGCCACCUCAGGAUCUUGAAGCUGUCCUACGCCCGGCUCGAUGACAACCUCCUCACGCAGCUUUCUUCUCGGUGCCCGUCUUUGGAGGAAAUGGAUCUCAAGGAUUGCCUGAUUUCGGGCAGUGAGAUUUCGUCCUCCUCUCUGAAGACCUUGGCGAUGGUCAAAUGCAACAUGUUUUGGGGCCUCACUAUCACUGCUCCGAACCUGGUGCUGCUGCGCUGUGUUAAGCCAAUCGGCCAAGCUCCAUCUUUUAACAACUUGGGGUCGAUUGUUGCAGGCACCAUCAUACUUGAUGACUAUUGUUUCAGUGAUGAUUUUGAGGACUUCAGCAAGGACGAACUUGAUGAAACCACUGAUGAUGACAGUGAUGAUGGUAACAAAUGGAGGCCCAAGACUGGAGCUGGAUAUGGAUUUGGUUUACCUCAGAAAAGACAUAGGCCUAGUGGAUACAAGGAUGCUAUUGAUUAUGGUAGCGAUAUCGAAAGUGAUGAUAAUACCUACGAAUAUAGUGAGAUUGCAAGUGACUUUGAUGGAUCUGGUUAUGAUGAUGUUGGACAUAGUUCAACGAAAGAUGGUAACCUUUGGGCGCAUGGUGAAAAUUCUGGAUGCAGUGACAGUAAAAUUUCAGGUGGCCAUAAUAUUAUUCACAGCCUUUCAAACGCUACAAGUUUGGAGCUGUUAGCAGAUGCUGGAGAGGUGAUUCUGACCGGAGAACUGAAGAGCUGCCCAAGUUUUAGCAACCUGAAGACCUUGUCCCUUGGCGAGUGGUCUAUGGCUGCUGACUUUGAUCGAUUACUCCUCUUUCUGCAGUGUUCACCUAAUUUGGAGAAGCUUUUUCUUGAACUUAAACUGAACUUCAAUGUGAGGAAGGCAAUGGAACUCGGUGUCAAACCAAAUGGAAGAUCAUUUGCCUGCAAACACCUUCGAAUGGUGAAGAUCAAAUGCUCUAAGGAUGACGUACGAGUCCAUAAGCUGGCACGGUUGUUCAAGGCUAAUGGUGUAUCAGUUGAGAAGAUUUUUGUCCGUCGUACUGGUAGCACAUAUCUCCGUGGCAAGAAGACGAUGAAGUAUCUUGCCAGGCAUGAACUAGAGUUCUGGGGAGACGAGUUUUGGGGGGACGACUAA